UUCCGAAGUGAUCUAAUUCACAAAUAAACAAUCCCUUAAACCAGACGUGGAAGUUUGCAUUGUUGAAAUUAAAAAUUAAACUUUUUUAAAAUAAAUAAAAUGUCUAGGAACGUAAUAGAAAACGUAAAAAUGCUUCCGAGGAUCAGAAAUGCAUUAUUUCCAGCAUCAGGCACAGGACAGUACUAUCCACGAUCCGCAAAAACAAUUCGACUUUUCAAGCAAGGAUGUACAAAUCGGCCUUUUUAUCAAGUUGUUGUUAUGGAGAGACGAAAAGCACAAUAUGAGCCUGUUAUUGAACAAAUCGGAACUUAUGAUCCAAUGCCAAACAGCAAUAAUGAAAUUUUAGUAUCGUUAAAUUAUGAAAGAAUUCGUCACUGGAUUGGAAGUGGUGCUCAUGUUAGUCGACCUGUUUUAGAGAUUUUAGGAAUUUCGGGAUUCUAUCCAAUCUAUCCAAAAACAUACAUGAAAGCAUGGAGAAUGCGAGCAGCUGACGAAAAGAAAGAAACAGAAGCAGUAAAGGAAUAAAAUCGUAGAGUGUAAUAAAUUUGAUUAGUUAAUAUAGCUUUUAAAAAGGAUCAAGAAAUAAACGCAAUCCAGAAAUUUAAAUUUGAAACG